AGACACGCUCACUUCCUUAACAUGAUGGCGGCGCCCAUGUGAACCCGUGUCCCGCUUAGUCUCCUUAUCACAUCAGGGAUGGCGGCGCCCAUGUGGAGUCACCUGAAGGCAAGUCAGCGCCUUCCUCUGACAGGUACGCUGUCGAUUUACUGCAGUUGAAUGUAUGUUCUAAAUGAACCCGAAAUGCCUUCAUAUAACAUCGCAGUGCAUCUCGGUGUGACCUCUACCACGGCCAGAACACUUCAUAGCUCGUAUUCCAAUGGGAGAUUCUGAAAUUAAUUGAUCAUUCCGCCUGGUGAUGUCAGUGACCAGAUAUUUAUACAUUGAGCUGCUGUACUAACAGUUUUGGGUCGCGGAUAUUUAUAUAAACUCCUAUUCUAUGUUAAUUUAUAAACCCCCAAAAUAGUAAAUCGAGACUGGAACCCCAAAUGGGAGGAUAUAGGGAUUGUGAGAUAAGAGUGUUACAUUUGGAGUUACAAAAUUGUGGUUUUUGAUUUUACAUAUCAACUUGCUUCCCUGCAGCAGAAGGAUGCAUUGUGUGGCAAAUCAAUGCUGCCAUUUCUUAGUAUGUCAUUCACAUAUACUAUAUAUAAUAUAUAUAUAUAUAUAUAUAUAUAUAUAUAUAUAUAUAUAUAUAUAUAUAUAUAUCAUACGUUCACAUGAAUCUCGGAUUCUGCAAAAUUGGUGUUUGCUUUUAUUUGUUAUAUAAAAAGUGGUAUUGCAAUCAUUAUCUCUUAAUUUAGCAGUGACAAGUUAACUUUUGCUUCAGUUUGGUUUGUGGAAUUGUAGUCACAUACUCCCUUUUUUUAAUUGUUAGAACUACUUUGGAGAAUAGGCGGACAUUAAUGCCACUUAAACUUUUUCCCACUUUUACCUUAUUCUAAAAUUCUCUUCUGUAUUGCAAUUUUUUGCUUUGUAGGUCUUUUGUCCCGCACACACUGGAUUCCCGCUGCUGGCCUCCGGACUUUUGACAUCCCUCCUGAUUUUUCUGGUGAGAUGUGAAGCAGAGGUUGUAAGAUGGAGAUUUAGAUUUUUAUAUGCAAAUCAUGAUAUUACUUUUUUUUUUUUUUCCCCAUUCUAGUGAAGUUUCUGUAAUUUAGAGAAACCUAUAUUUGGAAUAAAUAUGUAUGCAUACCUAAUAGUGACAUAUUAGCCAGGCAGUUAUAUAACCUACACAUAUUCAAUAUGAUUUUUAUACAUGGUGUUUAACCAUCUCAACAUCCCCCACAACCCCACCCCCACCCCCCCAACAGCCAAAACAGCAGUAAGACCUACCACAGGAUCACAAUAUACAGAAUAAAAAUGAAUGUUUGGUUUUUUUUAAUUGCACUGUACUAUAAAAUUUCAUAAAAAUCUAAUCGCAAAAAGACACUACAUUAAAUUGGCUAUAAAGAUACUAAUGAUAGUCAGACAAUAUAUUAAUUAAACUAGAAAAAAACACCAUAAUUAUCACAUGUAUCAAAUACAUAGGGCAAUAGUAUAAAUAUAAUGCAUAGGUAUAUAGUUUAAAAUGGACAGAUGAGUUCUCAUAUACUAGAAAACAGUAGUGGAGUAGCUUUGUGUGUAACUAGUGCAGGUGUAUAUUUGUGUGUGUAUAUAAAUACAAAGAUGCAAGGCUAAAAAUGUAAAAUUUUAGGAUACUAGUAGAGUGUAAAAGUUACUCGCUGGCCAAUAUUACAAUUAGUUUAAUUACAUUCUCAUCAUGUGAGUUUGCACUUGAGGAAUAUAAUCUUUAUUAUAUAUUUCAAAGGAGCAUUAUAGGGUCAGGAACACAAACAUGUAUUCCUGACCCUAUAGUGUUAAAACCACUAUCUGGCCCCUUUUACCUCCCAAAAGAUAGUACAAUCUUACUUGUAUUCAAGUCUAAAGCUGCUGCCUCUGACAUCAUCAGAAGUGGUGGCCUUUUCCAAUGACAAUGCUUCCCCAUAGGAUUGGCUGAGACUGACAAAGAGGCAGAUCUGGGGCAGAGCCAGCACAAUUCAAACACAGCCCUGGCCAAUCAGCAUCUCCUCAUAGAGAUGAAUUGAAUAAGUGAAUCUCUAUGAGGAAAGUUCAGUGUCUGCGUGCAAAGGAGGAGAUACUGAAUGUUUGGAUGCAUUUUAGGCAGCCAUGACCCAGGAAGGAUCUCUGACAGCCAUCUGGUGACUAUAGUGUCCCUUUAAAUGAAGUCUUACUGAUGCAGUGUUAAAUACUAUAUGCCACAAGGAGCACCCCUGCCAAUGUUUACCUGCGCACAGUGGCUUCUAACAAAGUCAAUUUCACAAUACAUGCUGUAACUCUUAGACUAUUCACUCUGCUGUGGACAUCAGCUGUGGACAUCAGAGGAAGAAGUUGAAGGAACAUGAAUAAAAACAGAGGUGCAAAGCCAAAAGUCCGUAAGGAUUGCUGUUCAAAUACCUGAAGAGUGGAGUGGCUCUGUGUGCAUCUAAUACAGGGGUGCAUUUGUGUGUAGACAUAUGUGUGUGAAGGGUUGCUGUUCCAAUCCUUGAGUACCAUGCGUUUCCAAUACCAGAAAACUAGAGUGGAAUGAUUCUGUGUGUUAGUGUGGAGGAGAAGUUUGGACAUAUGCUUGCAAUGUCCUCUUAUCAUGUGUGUGAUCAGUCAUAUUUUGAGGGUCAACGUGUGUGAUUGAAUGCAGGAGUGAAUUUGUAGGCCUAAUGGCGAUGUUUUCAUUACAAUUGAAAACCUACCUAAAGAUGACUUUCAUCCACAUGUUUUGGUGAUGAUGGAUUUAUUUUAAUGUUGCUGAUCUUGUUAUAUGUGUUGAUCUGAAUAUGUGAAGCCUCGGUAAGAACUGAUCUAUCUUCUGUCUGCAGGAGUCAGUCUGAAGGAUCGUCCCAAACUUAAGUUUGUGAACAAGGUUCCUGACCUUGUAAAGGUUAAGAAGGAGCCUAAGAAUCUGCGAGACAUUCGUGGCCCUGCAACUGAGGGACGAGAUUUCCAGGAGGGCGAGUAUGGCAUUGUGGUGAGAAAUUUACAUUCCAUUCUUUUGUCAAACUCCUUUUCAUGUUCUCAUUAAAGGGAGACAUGCCACUACCAUUAAACAAAAAACAUAUUUAGUAGACCUACAACCAGUGGAAACAAAUGCUUUUCUUUUCAUUGUGGUUAUAUCUAAAAAGAUUUAUAUAAAAGCCGCAGAUGUCUUGUCUGCAUCUCUGCAAGCUCUCCCUGUCUUUCCCAGCCAAUAAUUUAUGUGGCAAUCCAAUCUCAGACUUCCCAAAUUAGCUCAAUGAGAAGACUUUCAUAGCAGGUGCUUUGAGCAAUUGCCUGUCUCUUCAGUUUGAUUUUCAUAGCUAAACAACCAGGAAGUGUCAGGACCAGUUGUCUACUUGACAGCAAUGGAAUGUAAUAAGGUUAAUUUAUAAAAGUAAUUAUCACGUUAAUGGGCACUCAGUCUCAAUUCCAAUAAUUACUUUUACAUUUAUCUAGCACCAACAUAUUCCACAGCGCUGUACAUUACAUAUGAAGCUACACAUUUUCUAAGUGGAGGCCUCUUGUCUCUGCUAGGUCUGACUUUUGUUCUUUUCAGGGUAGGGACGUUGUAUUAUCAAGCUUGUCUUGCUUGCCAAUGCAAAACAUUUACUGUUGCUAUGCUGUUUAUAUAUUAGUGCACAUACAAUCAAUACGUUUAUGCUUAUAUGGAGGAUUAAAAGUAAAUAAAUCAUGGUAACUACUUAAUUUGGCAUUAUCAGAUUCUAGCAAAGUAUGGUUGACCCCAUAAAAAAAAUGCACACAUUUUGAUAUGUUGGUAGGCCAUUUGGCCUGAAUUUGUGGGAGGAGUUAUGAUCCUAUAUAAACCCUCCCCACUUACCUUUUUGUCAUGCAAGCUGUUUGUCUUUUCCAUAAGAACCAGCACUUCUGGUCCCUGGUUCCCGCCAAGUCAGUCUCCAGCAAGUCGUCCGUCAUCAACAUCUCCUGCCUCCAUCUUCCGUGCCCGUCCACCGGCUUCCGGUCACGAGACCGGCACAUCCUCGUAAGCAUAACGUGGGAAAUAGCGUUCGGCUAUUUCCCACGUUUGGGCCUAAAAACGCGGGGAUAGGCUCCCUUAAUUACUUGCCUAUUUGUGCAAUUAUGCUGUUCGUGUACUUCCGCGUUCGUGCAGCUAACAGCCGAACGCGGAAUACACACGCUUUCGUUUAAAUCAAUUUACCGUACGUACAUACUUACCCUACGUUCGUCUGUUCUUUCAUGCAUUCAAACAGCCGAACACUUUCAAACGGCUUUUCGUGCAACCUUUCGUUAAUUUCCACGUUACAGCCUGCAGCUGAUUAUUCAAUUUGCUUUCGUUUAAAUCCUUUCGUAUGUUCCAUUUACCGAAUGCAGGAGUUCUUUCUAUUAUAGUACUCUUGUUCAUUCGUUUUACUGAACGCAAGGAGCUACAGUGUUUAAAUGUAAUCUACCGUAAAUAUAUCUAGUUAUGCAUUUUUUAAACCAAGCACUUACAUUAUUUUUACUAUACGAUAUUACGUUUUAUUAUAUGGCUCUUAAAGUCACCACUGGUUAAAAAACGAUGUGUUUCACAAAUUCCCGUCCAUGGUCACAUAAUUGUGGGACACCUAUUUUUCACAGUGUAAUCUUCUAAAAAGCACAGUUUGGCCACUUUAUUUUUUAUAAGUUACGUAUAAUACAUACCUCCAGGCAUUAUUAACUAACCCUGAGGGGACUUAGUCUAUUGUACUUUCACUAAUGUAUUAAUCUGCUACGCAUCUAAGGUCACUAUGCCCAUAGGUUAAGCCCGUACGAUGCUUUGUCAUUACAGACCAUUAACAUGAUUUUAAACCCCCGUUCCUUAAAUUACCUUAUAUAUCAGUUCUUUACACUUAGACUGCAUAUGUUUUUAGGUUCUACUACUUUCCUCCAAACAGUCUUCAAGGAGUGGUAUCCCAAUAUCCUGUAUUAUGGUAUCAGGUAAGAAAGUUUACCAGUUCUCUUUUUCCAUUGAGGCUUUCACGGCCUCAUUUAGCCUCCACACCUCCCAAAGUGGGCUCCAAACUUCAAACGGACCAGGUCUGAGAUUCCUCACUACGAUUGGAACAUCAAUUACUCAAACCUACACCACAUCGCUUCUUCUUAUUUAACCAUACAUUUCUUGUAUAUUGUUUCUACAUUUCUUCACUCAGACCUGUGUCUUCACCGCAGUUUCACUAAGUUACACGGCAUCAACCACCAACAAGACUACCUGGUUCCCUGCAUUUCAGUUUCAGGUAUUGUAAAUCUUACUCACUACGAUUACGUUUCUUCUCAAGGCUUCACUUCGCCUUCGUAUCAUGUAAAUAUCACAAUUAUAGGAACCCCGGGGGCUUGUCUCUACUUACGGACCUACGUUCAGGUCCCUCAUCAUAAAUGGGCUCAUACGUUAAAUUUCAUUAUUACACUUUACCCAUACGUUUGACAUUUUUACAUUUGGCAUACCAGAGGCACGCCUCAGGCCCUCUAGCAUCUACAUUACCCUUGGGAUAUCUUCACCGGACCCGUUCCCUGCGGAAGCAAAUAUAUAUCGAAAUCCUCCUGAGCAUUGACCAAAGAAAUAGGACAAUACUCAAAGUUGAGUAUAUAUACACAUACAUUAAAUUACACCAUUCUAAGAGACAAGCCCCAUCAGGCUAGUGAACUGGCAUUUAGGGUUAGGCGCUGGCCUUGGCUAAGUAAUACAAUGGUCCCGCGAGGUCUACAUCCCCGCCUCAUACACGGAGGUUCAGCCCCACGACCAAAUCAUAGUUGGCCACCUCGCUUGCCCUUCUUUAGGGCUAUAGCUAGGGCCACACGUUUUGAAUCUCUUACGGUCCCCGAGAGGCCAACAUCCUGCCACCUCAUUCAAGUGGCCACAAAAUUACCUUGGCCCAAAUCAUAGGUAGAGCCUCUCUCUGCCACUUGGCACUAGCAGGGCCUCACCUGUCACUAUGGUCUAGUUAAAUUCUUCACCUCGGCACUAGCUAGCAGGCCAGUUCUCCGAAGGUCUCAUCCCCACCUCUACGACACCUUACUUAUUCAAAGGUUACUUAUUGGCCCUCACCAAACUUUCACUCCAUACGUGUACACAUGGCCCUCUACGGGCACUAUGACAAUUUUGACCCCACAGUUGUGCAAUUACAUACGUCAAAUUUCUAAUAUGAGGGUCAAAGAAAUACCUUUAAUACUACAUUCCAAUAUUACGCAUGGCCUCGUUAAGCCCACGCAAGUCUUUUCCCCUCUCUUGGCACACGCCCAAGAACCUGGUACCUAUCACUAUGCAUUUAACAUAGAGGCAUAUGGUAGAUUCUGAUGCCGGAUUUCACACGGGCCUUAUUGCCAACCCCACAUGUACACUCCUAUGCCCUAAACUAUUAUCUACAUCUAUUGACCCACUUACGGUGGACCACCUUAUGUCCACAGCAAUCACACGCUGGUUUCACGAUCGGUCCUUCCCAGCAUUCACGUUUCUCAUCUUGGUAUACCAAUUCCAUCGGGGUAGCAAUUCACAAUACCAAUAAUACGUUUGAUCAUAGACCUCUUCCUCCAUUCCCAGCAUCAACUCGCUCAUUCAGGCUGAGGAGUUCUCACUGCACUACGCAAUCGACGAUGCCAUACAAGCUAUGACUUCAGCAUGUAGUAAGGCUUGGUUGAGCAAGACAGACUUAUCAAACGCCUUUACUCCACUACCUAUUCACCCUUCAUUGUGGCACUUGCACAGUGUUAAAAUGUAGGUAUAAGUAUUUUGCUACUUAGCCUACGUUUGGCUCUAGGAGCAGCCCUAAGUGUUUAACAUCUUCACACAAAUCCUCUGCUGGCCGCUCCUUAUAUACUCAGGUGUCCAUCAGUUAUCCACUAUCUGGAUGAAUUUUUUUUUGUUUAACAGGUUCACAAACACCUAUCAGUGUUCACACCACCACAGCCUCCUUUUCACGACACUCAGGGUCCCUCUGUCACCAGGCAGAUACUCUGUCCCUCUGCCAGGCUUGCUUACUGGGGCAUGGUUUUGGGAACGGUGUUGGCCUGUUCCUGCAGAGUGUUGCGCGCACCGGGAGGGGACUCCAGUCCUGAUUGGGGUCCUCCUGCUCUGUGGGCGUAUCAUACCGCAGGGUGGGUCUCUUGUCCCUGGGCUACUUAAACUUGCUCCACAAAGUGCCAGCUCCUGUCCAACCAUUCGGGACAAUCCAGCCAGGGCAGUUUACACAAUUGGAGUAGGUUUUUUGGCCGCAUGAAUUGGGAUCUCUUCGUUCAUUCCCCCACUUUCAAAACACUCACUUUCAAUUCACACAAACGUAGCAGCACACACAGGGUUCGCAGCCAUUUUCGGUAACCACUGGUUGGGGAGCUGUGGCCCACUGUCAUGGAUGCCUUGCCAGCCUUUAGAGAAACCUCUACUUUAUUAGAGAUCUACCCCAUCGUGGUGGCCACCUUCACAUGGGGUCCUCUUUGGACCGGCAAGGAUGUUAAAUACUGCUUUGACAACUCCGCAGCCUGCGAUUUCAUUAACAAGGGCAGUCAUACUUGCUAACCACUGUGGCGUUUCGCAGGCUGAUUAGGCAGGCAGCAACCUCUCAGUUCUUUCUAGUCUACAUUUACAUUCCUGGUGUCCACUACACAGCCACUGACGCUCUUGCACGCUCUAAAUUUAAGGUCUUCUUUCAGGCACUCCCUACGACCCUCUACAUACCACCAUUACGUGAGCUAAUCUUGGACUAAGCACACAAUUACACCACGUAAGGGUACGCACGAUUCACGCAGUUUCACGACUACUCUAUCACUCACACCAAGGCCUUGUAUAUUGUACAUGUCACAAGUAGUUUGCUUGAAUCAAGACUUUUUGCAGUUUAAAUUAUGGUAUUUUUUUGCCUUUUUCUCCAAACCUACAAAUCAAGCACCUUACUUAAACCUCCUAUGCGGUCACUCCGUUUUCUGUCUCCAAGGUCAACCACACACAAUCAGUCCUAAUCCACUACUUUGUCUAAACCUUCCAUUUGGGUGAAGCUACAUCAUGGCUUCCUUCACUUGUCUCUCUGUCGCAAAGCGCUGCAUCAGCAGCUUCAAGCUCUUACACCCCAGUCUACAUCACUAAGUGAUGGGGCCACAGGUAAUCCUCAGCUUAGUUACAAAUAUACCUCAAUCAGAGUAAAAGCUCCUUACAAGCUUUCAGUACCCAAGCUGUAUUAACUUGCAAUAAAGUGUGUUUUCUUUGAAUCCUCUCUUGCCCUCUUUUAUAGGCCUACUCAUAUGUUGGUUUCGGCACACCUCAACCAACUUUGCUUCUCCUUCUACAUUCCGUUACGUAUUAGAUAAAUUCCAAGCACAAGUUGGAAGGCCAUUUGGCCUGAAUUUGUGGGAGGAGUUAUGAUCCUAUAUAAACUCUACCCCCCCUACUUACCUUUGUCAUGCAAGCUGUUUGUCCCCACCCACCUACACCCAUCUAUAUUAAACAAUUCACCUUUGUGGGCCCUCUUUUAUAGGCUUACUCGUACGUUGGUUUCGGCACACCUAAACCAACUUUGCUUCCCCUUCUACAUUCCAUUACGUAUUCGAUAAAUUCCGAGCACAUAUAUAUAUCUCUAUAUAUCUAGCUAUAUUUAUAUAUCUAUAUAUCUCAAAAUACCAGAGUAUUGCAGUAUGCAGUGAUACCUUUUUUAUUGGACUAACGUAAUAUUUCAAAGACAAGCUCGUUACAGAGUUCCCAUUUCUGCGGAUAAGAAAGACAUUGGGUUUGAGGAACCGAUAGCUCUCAUUAAAGUUUAGCAGAUUUAUCCUGCCUCAUGACAGAUUCAUUCCUAAUGAACCUUCUCAGUACAUCAGGUGGGCACCAACUCCACACAGUAUAAUGAACCAGACAUGUCCACUUCUCUUCUGUCUCAGGAGAACAUCUCAGGCAGAGCAGCUGAUACACUAUUUGAUUAUCUAUAAGAAUUCAAAGAUGGGAAUGAUUGCAUAUUCUCUGCUUAAUUUUACCCAAGAAAUUGCAGCACCUUGGUUAUAUUUAUAAACCCCAGAACCAUAUUAAGGAGAGUAGCACAGAUACAAUAAGCAAAAGCCUUGUAUAGCAGAGGCAAUCCAUUUUGCACAUACAGUCCACUUUCUGCAAAACAAUUCCACCCAUAACUUGCAAUUUUAAUCAGAACAGAUUUUCAAAGCAAAGAUCAGCUAAUCUUACCUUGAAAACCUCUGAGCCGUGUGGGGGGUUGGUGACAAGGGGAACCCUUCUGACAAGCUUCCUGCUGCCAGAGGGAACAGCACAGUGACGCACACUCGGCGGUUUCCCGGAAGUUCCAGUUCGUGCAUGUGCAAUUGCUCACCUGGAACUUCUGUGGAACGCAACACCUCCCGGGCGUGCGUUCCACCGCUGUGCGCAGGCGCACGGCCUGCAACAUAAUGAAGGCGUCCCCCAGCCCACCCAUACUAACCAAGCCCAAACAUUCUCAGCGCAAAGUUAAAAAGAAAGGGUUUCGGAACCUCCAUGGACGGAGCCUUGCCGCUCCGCCUACCACCCGGGCGGCUAUCGGGCUUCCACCCCCAGACAGCAACCUGUGUGCCUCACCUAAACAUACGCUUGAUCCGUCUCGUACUGGGACAAGAAAGAACUGAGGUGGGUUUGCCAGGGAAGCCCUUUUAUAGUGUAAAGGGGGAGGGACUUUUCCCCGUUAGGAAGCACAACCCAUACGUAAUGCCACCAUAUGUCAGAAAAAAACUAAAUACCAGAGAAGUACCCCAGCAUUACUUCAAAGAUCAAACAAAAAUUGCCAUUCACAAGUGUUAGUUUGUCAAAAAUUAACAUCUGGUAGAAUGCAAAAAAAAAAUGUAAAACCCUAAAAGCUGAAUAGUUAGCUGGGCAGAUACAUCUGUAGACAGUGAAACCUCUCAGACUAUUGUAAUUUACAACAUUUAUUUUUUUAUUAUUCAUUUAAGACUACUAAUGCAGUGGACCACAAACUCACUUUAAUACUUGACAAUACAUGUGUGUUAUAUAUUUUUUUUAUAAUAUCUUGAAUUUACUACUUUUAGAUUUUGUAACCGCUCUUAUUUCUCUACUACAGGCGCUUGGUGGAGGUUACUUACAUUGGGGUCACUUUGAGAUGAUGCGUCUGACAUUAAACCGUACCCUCUCACCUCGUACUACCUUUAGCCGCUGGUUAGUAGUACCUCCCCACAAGCCUGUGACCCGAAAAGGACUUGGCCAACGCAUGGGUGGUGGCAAAGGAGCCGUGGAUCAUUAUGUCACCCCUGUUAAAACAGACCAACUUAUUUUGGAAGUAGGAGGCCGUUGCGAGUUUGAGGAGGUUCUGCCAAUAUUGACCCAAGUAGCUAAAAAACUCCCUUUUCCAGCAAAGGCUGUGAGCAGAGAGACUCUGAAAAUAGCCCGCUGUGAGCUUGAAGAGAGAGAAUUAAGCAAUCAAAACCCAUGGACCUUUGAACGUUUGGCAUCACGUAACAUGCUGGGAUGCAGGAAAUGGUUAAGUCCAUAUGAUCUUCGCUUCAAGGGCAAGUUUUGGGGAAAGCGCUUCCUACCAAACAGAGUUUAAUGGCUAUGUACCGUAACACAGAAAGUUUGGAUGACAACUUUGUGCUGUUGUGAUGCUAUUGACCGUUUUUGUACUAAACAACUUACAUCCUGCAAAACAUGGUUUAUUAGAACAAAGCAAUUAAAUAAAUUCAUUAAUUUGCAUGUUAGCAUUUUAAUUCAGUUUUCUUUUUAAUAAACUGCAGGAAAUUUAUUUUUUAUUUUUUUAUUUUUACAUCUUUCAAUUCAAUAACCUCAAAUAAUGUGAAGGAGUGACAGCAGUCUGGAUCUUGGUGUAGUUUUUUGCUUUAGAUCCAUUUUGAAAGAUUUUGUAGAUUAUUAUGCACCUAACUUGUUGGAGGAUUAAUAAAAGAAAAUAAUCUUCUCCAACUUUACUUUUUCCCUGAGCGCUGUUAUUCAAGUGAUCCUGCUUUACCUGGUAACAUGUUCUGAAUGGUAAAUGACAUGCAUGGUGAUGCCAUUGCAAUGUGGAUGAACUGCCUUGGAAAAAAUAUCUGGUAAAAGUUAAUGUUCAAUGAGUUAUUUAAAGAGUACCUGGAUUGGUACCUACAAUUUAAAGGGUUACUCCAGCCAAAAACAAGUAUUAUUAAAACACUGUUUUUGAGUGUAAUAAGCUUUACUGGCAUGGUUCCCCUUGAAAAAAAGGAAGUAAUUUAUAAACUUCCCUGUAAUCCCAUAGCUAGUUCUCUUUGAAGUCCUCUCCUUGUCUGCUGAUGUGAGUGACCCUCACUGUAGGUGGAAGGAUAUCCUGGAAGUCUUUGGCGGCCAUUGUUAGUCU